GAUAUAUCCCAGCGGCGCCAGGACAUUGUAGACUCUUUCACCCGACUCGAUUUUCUUGCGAAAGGAACAAAACAGCCAAAAUUGUUUCAACUCAAGUGCCUCGUAUCAUUGCUCGCAUCAAGACAUGUUGUCGUCAGAGCUGCAACAGGUGCUGGCAAGACACUGGCAAUGAUCCUUCUUCCCUUGCUGCUCUCUCCCGACAAGAUAGCAAUCACCGUCACACCAUUGAAGCUUUUGCAAAAAGAUCACGUCAACGAGUUUGUCCAGUAUGGGAUUCCCUCCAUCGCAAUUAACCAUGAUACCCCACAUGACAAGACACUAUGGAACGUACGUGAAUCUUACAUUGACGGCAAAUCU